AUGGCCUGUUUAAUUGGUAAGUUCAAUAGAGAUAAAGAAUGUUAUUACCACCGUUGUCACAAAUAUCUUAUAAUCUAUUUAAUAGAUGAAGAUUGUAUGGAUUUGAAUAUUAACAUGCUUUGGGUGGUUUCUAGUCCCAGAGAUUUGCUACCAGGAUUGGUUUUGGUUAGAAGAUUCACACCACCACCAAAGAAAAAUAGGGGUCAUGCUUGUGUGGUUGUGGGAAUCAAAUGGACAAGGAAACGCUGCUGGCUUUUGGAUGUUACACUAUCAGUUAGUUUUUUUUCAGACAGUAGACAUGAAAUCUGUAACCGACAUUUUAGACCAAGCAUCAAGUGUGGGGUAAAAGAAUACAAAAAAAAAAGCACAAGAAAGAAAUAG